UAUUCCUCACAUUUUCAUCUCCAAUAAUUACAUUUUGGACCACAUCAAUUAUCAUUUUAGUAUAUAUACACUUCCAUGGCUGAACCUUGAAAAAGCUUUGCUCCAUUUUUCUCAUUCUUGAAAAUGUGGAGCAGUCUUCCGUUUGAUCUCCUGGCUAAGGUCUUCUUCUUCCUCUCCCCUGACUCUUUGGCACGUAGUAGAUCUGUCUGCCAUCAUUGGCGCACUUGUGCUGAUGCAUACCCAUUAAGCAGUUGGCCUUCCAUGCUCCACCACCACCACCAACAACCACCGUGGUUUGUGGCUUUUCCAACAAGGAACCGUAAGCCGUCUUACUAUGUUCACAAUCCAGUUAGCAAGAGAUGGCAUGUGCUAUCUCUUGAGCUUCUAUCCAAUCCAAUCAGAAUCAUUGCCUCCAUUGGAAGCCUUAUUCUUCUAAGAGCUACAAAUUCUACAGUUCUUGUUUUGAGUAUAUGUAAUCCUUUCACUAGGCAAUUUAGACAUCUCCCAGUGUUGAACAUUGCUAGGACUAAUCCAGCAGUUGGUGUUGUAGUUCUCAGCUCAAGCCAAUAUAGCCCAUCCCCACAUUUCAGAGUCUACGUGGCAGGUGGGAUGUCGGAUGCUCCAGGUGGCGGUGCCACGUAUGAUUCCACAGUGGAUAUGUACGACUCGAAGCUUAACACGUGGCAAAUAGUUGGGCCUAUGCCAGUGGAAUUCUCAGUAAGGCUAACAGUUUGGACCCCUAAUGAGAGUGUGUACAUUGAUGGAGUCAUAUAUUGGAUGACUUCAGCCAGAGCCUAUAGUGUGAUGGGGUAUGAGAUUGUGUCCAACAAAUGGCAAGAACUGAGAGUACCCAUGGCUGACAAGCUUGAGUUUGCCGCAUUGGCACAGCGCAAUGGGAGGCUGACGCUUGUGGGUGGUAAUUGCAGAAGUGAUGCAUGUGUGUGGGAGCUAAAUGAAGGAGAGAUUUGGCGUCUAAUUGAGAAGGCACCAAUUGAAUUGGGAAUGAAACUUAAGAAGGGUAAUGCAAGCUGGGAUGGUGUUAAAUGUGUUGGUGGUGAUGGGGCAAUUUGCUUGUAUAGAGAGCUUGGAUCAGGGAUGGUAGUGUGGAGAGAAGAUGGUGAGAAAGGUAGAUGGGGAUGGUCUUGGAUUGAAGGGUGUUGUUUUAUUAGUGGUAAACAAGUGCAAAGUGUGUCAAUUAGAGGUGUGAUUAUUCAUCCAAACAUUGCUCCCUCCCCCAUUUUUGUUGAAUGAAUUGUAUAAUUUGUGGUUGUGUUAAGUACAUAUGUGAAGAACUCCAUGGGGAAUGCUUCAUUGGCCUUGAAAUGUAUUUGGUUGCAAAAAAUAAUAAUAAUAAUGGUUAUUGUUAUUAAA